GUGCGGCGUACAUGGCGCUGAGCACAGCAGAGCGGGAGGAGGUGGAGGUGACUGCGCUGGGCGCGGUGGCGCUGCGCGGGGUGCCGGAGCCUGUGGAGAUGUACCAGCUGGACGCUGUGCCCGGGCGCACCUUCGCUGCGCUGCGGCUGUACCAAGAGGCGGCGGAGCUUGACGACAAUGGCGAUGCUGCGUUAGGCAGUGACGAGGCCUCUGCGUCCACCGCAAUGAGCGGCGUCUCGCACACCAUCGUGACUGUGUUGGCUGUGUUGUUUGGCACCUUUGCAACCUCGCUGCGGCUUAAGGUUCUGCGUCCUCUCUGCGAGCGGUGGAGGGUCAGUGUGCCGCGCGGAGUUGGGGCGGGGCAUGAGGAGGAGACGUGCCGCGUGGCGAUGGAGUGUCUGGCGUCCAAAAUGGGUCGUGUGAUGAGGAAAAGUGCCCGUAAACUUUCAGCUGGGUGCGAUCCGCGUACAGAAAGUGUGCAUCUUAUGCCUGCCUUUCAGAGUAGCGAUACGCCGCAUUUAUUCAACGCCGCCGCUGAGAUGGAGGGCCGCCUUCUGGAGCGUCCGUCGCACAGCGGUUUGUGGCGAGCGUCUUUAUCCCAGACGAUGGAGGAGUACUCGGAGAUGGAGGACUCGGAUGCCACCAUCCACGUUUCUAGGCAUGUGUAG